CCACCCCACACCGAUGGAUGUUUAAAGGGAGUGGUUUGCAACAUUGUCAGACAGCUGUAGCGUUGUUACUCCGGAGCUUCAGGCAUUUCAGCAAACAUGGACUUCUGUAAAAACGCAACAGAGAGACCGGAGCCCGUCAAGGCAGAAGUUAAAGGUAAUAUCCCCGGCUGGUUGCAAGGGACCCUUCUGCGCAAUGGCCCCGGUAUCUUCUCUGUGGGGGACACCAGCUACGAGCACUGGUUCGACGGGAUGGCCAUCAUGAACAGCUUCGCCUUCAAGGACGGUGAAAUGAUCCACAGGAGCAGAUUCCUCAGAGGCGACACCUACAAUGCAAACAUGGCUGCAAACAGAAUAGUUGUGUCUGAAAUGGGGACAAUGGCGUAUCCAGACCCAAGCAAGAACUUUAUCUUCAAGGCCAUCACCUUUCUCAACCACACAGUGCCCGACUUCACCGACAACGGUGCCAGCAAUUUCAUCAAGUAUGGAAAUGACUAUUAUGCCACUUCUGAAACCAACUACAUCCGCAAAAUUGAUCCCGUGACCCUGGAAACACAGGAAAAGGUGGACUACUUGAAGUACUUGCCUGUAAACCUGGCCUCGUCCCAUCCGCACUACGACAAGGAGGGCAACGCAUACAACAUUGGAACUUCAAUAGCAGAGAAGGGCAAGACUAAAUACACUCUGUUCAAAGUCCCAGCUGCUUCUGCGGCAGCUCCACAGAAAGACAAAGGCAAGCAUGUCCCCGCACUGAAGAACGUGCAGACGAUCUGCACGGUUCCCUGCCGCUCCCUCCUCACGCCCAGUUACUACCACAGCUUCGGCAUUACGGACAACUACAUCAUCUUCAUCGAGCAGCCUUUCAAGCUGGACAUCCUCAAGAUGGCCACCGCCUACAUGAGGGGAGUCAACUGGGCAAGCUGCUUGAAGUUCUGCCCCGAAGAAAAUACGCUAAUCCACCUCAUAGAACGAAAGACUGGCAAAGAGGUCGAGACAAAGUUCUACACUGGGGCAAUGGUGGUCUACCAUCACGUGAAUGCUUUUGAGGACGACGGCCACGUGGUCUUUGACGUCAUCGCCUACAACGACACCAGCCUUUACGAAAUGUUCUACAUGAGCAAGCUCAAGAAAGGAACCGGUUCCCAUGACAGUAACUACUCCAAACCAAGUUACAGAAGAUUCACGCUUCCUGUCCACCCAGACAAGGGCAGUGCAGUCGGAGAGGACCUGGUGAAACUCAAGUACACAACUGCCAGUGCUGUGAAGGAGAAAGAAGGCAAAUUCAUGUGCCAACCAGAGGUGCUCUGUGAAGGUUUUGAGUUACCCAGAAUUAAUUAUGACGUCAAUGGCAAGAAGCACCGGUUCGUCUACGGGAACAUCGUGGAGGAAUCUGCAUUAUCAAAACAGGUCGGGAAGUUUGACGUGGAAACCAAGGAAAUGAUUUACUGGGGUGAAGACAACUGCUGGCCAUCAGAGCCAGUGUUCGUCCCCAGACCCAACGGAGAGUCAGAGGAUGAUGGUGUCAUUCUAAUAUCAGUCAUCAACUCCAACCCAGGCCAGUCUGGUUUCGUCGCCGUCCUUGAUGGCAGAACCUUCAAGGAAGUGGCUCGUGCGUAUGUAGAUGCUGAGCUCCACAAGGACAUGCAUGGGUUUUUUAUCCCGCAAGGAAAUUAAUCAGCUUUUUGUAUGAACAAAGAAAGAAAGAAAUAACAGCUGUGCCCAAAUAGCCCAUAUGGCACCGAAAUGUAUCGUCACAUUAAAAAAGACAGUAUUCAAGAACACAUAGACAAAAAAAAGACAAAAAACGCAAGAUAUACCUCAUGUCUGUAAAAAAAUAAAUAAAUAAAAUAAAAUAAAUAAUGGAACAA